CAAGGAUAACGUUUGUGGAAGGCAGAAUGUUUAAUUAUGUGAUGAUCUAUAUUUGAUUUCUUAAUAUAUGGCUGAAAAGGAAAGAAUAUAUGAUUAUUUGAGUAUUGAAACUAGCCUGCGCAUUGCUAUCUACAGCCAAAAUCCUACGGCUGCAAUGCGACGGGUGAACGCAACCAUAACACAACCAUAAUAAACUCAGCCAUUCUUUUUCAAUAUCAUAAAUCGUAAUGGAUGUGCCAAAGCGCAUUCAACCGCUGCUGACGCUGGAUAAAACACGUGAAAAAUUUAACAAUGCUAAACAAAAUUCAAAAAAAGGAAAAGAAAAAAUGUUUACACUGUUUAAAAAACAGUUUCGCUAUUCAAUGGACCAAUAUAAACAAUCGGAUAUAGUAGAAAGCUGCUAUCAGAUAGAAUGGCGAGGUGAAUCAACUGAAGAAGUGAUGUAAAUUAAAUUGGAAAGAUUCCACUUAGAUUCUAUUGUUAAACAGUAAAGUGUUUUCAAAGAAGUGUAUCAAACAGGAAAUUAAUUAUAAAUGUUAAGUGAUCCAGAUAGUCGUGCUGAUUUGAAAACGUUUCGGAGUGCCUCAAUAGUGAGUUCAAUAUUGGACACUGGUGGAUCAACAAAAUUCCAUCCAUUGGAUCCUAGUGUGGAACUUGAGCUUGAAUCACCGGAUACUCCUCAAAGAAGGGGUAUUUAUGAUUCUGGUCAUCAUUCACACAUGGGAAGAGCCGCUUCCGCUAGGAGCUUAGUCGAUACUAGGAGAGGAAUUCAACACAAAAGAUCAUUUUCCAAGAAAGUAAAAACACAGCUGGUUGAAGGAGUGCCAUCCUAUUUUCGCCGAAAUCAAGGGGGGCCGCCACAAAGAGCCCCCAUUAACUCACCAUCCAGUAGUAAUAUGGAGUUUUUAAGAGGCGUUUAUGCGUUUAUGCAAGUGAGCAGAUCAUCGGUUAAUCAUGUGAAAACAGAUUCCUCAAUAUUCCGAUUACACACCAAUGCAACCGUUGUGCUUUUGGUAACGUUCUCAAUAGCAGUAACAACUCGGCAAUACGUCGGAAAUCCAAUAGACUGCGUACAUACACGAGACAUCCCUGAAGACGUGCUGAACACAUAUUGUUGGAUUCAUUCGACAUACACAGUCGUAGACGCCUUUAUGAAGAAACAAGGUCAGGAAGUGCCAUUCCCAGGAGUAGAUAACUCACAACGAAGCGGUGCGUUGACAAUUCGGCAUACCAAGUACUAUCAAUGGGUAGCUUUUACUUUAUUUUUUCAGGCAAUUUUAUUUUAUACGCCGCGAUGGCUGUGGAAAUCUUGGGAAGGAGGAAAAAUACAUGCAUUGAUGAUGGACCUUGACAUAGGCAUUUGUUCCGAAAUAGAAAAGAAGCAGAAGAAAAAAUUGCUUCUUGAUUAUUUGUGGGACAACUUAAGGUAUCAUAACUGGUGGGCGUAUAGGUACUAUAUAUGUGAAUUUUUAUCACUAGUAAAUGUGAUAGGCCAAAUGUUUCUAAUGAACCGGUUUUUUGACGGUGAAUUUAUGACGUUUGGAUUAGACGUAAUAACGCACAUGGAAGCAGAUCAAGAAGAUCGCAUGGAUCCGAUGAUCUACAUAUUCCCCAGAAUGACCAAAUGUACUUUCUAUAAGUAUGGUGUCAGCGGUGAAGUCGAGCGACAUGAUGCCAUAUGUAUUCUUCCACUGAACGUAGUCAAUGAGAAAAUUUAUAUUUUUUUGUGGUUUUGGUUUAUUAUUCUGACGAUACUGACAACGUUAACGGUAUUUUAUAGAAUAAUUAUUAUUUUCUCGCCUCGAAUGCGAGUGUAUUUAUUAAGACUAAGGUUUAGGUAAGUAACUUUUACAUUACUAAAGGUAGAAUAGUAUUUUGUACACUGCACAUGAGAAAAAAAAAAUAACUUUUACGACUUUUGGAUACAUGAUAAUAACUAAAAUAAGGGACGGGCUAGCAUAGGGGUUGAGGAAAAGAUGUCCAGAAAUAAUACGAUGUCGUCAAAUAUAUCGACUCGCCCUUCAUCGCCAAUGGUGAUUAUAUUUGG